CUUCAGCAGUUAGAAAUGCUGGUCAUCAGAAACAACAGGAACAUCAUCCUGCCGGAUGAGAUGUCUGGCCUCAGCCACCUCACUGCCCUGGACUUAGAUGGCUGCAUGCUGCACACACUCCCGCCUGUAGUGCUGAAACUACCAAACCUACAGUACCUGGACCUAAGUGGUAAUCAGGUCUCCCUACCAGAUGAGUUGAACGGACUAAACAACUUGAAAGUGUUGAGACUACGUGACUGUAACCUGGACACCGUUCCCCCGGCAGUCCUAAAUCUCCCCCAGCUGGAGGAACUGGACCUCUUCGGGAACAGCGGGAUCCACCUGCCGGAUGGGCUGGCCGGGCUCACCAACUGCAUGCGAGUACUGAAACUAGAGGGAACAGACAUGACGACAGUUCCCCCGGUAGUGUGUAAACUGACACAGUUAGAAUGGCUGGACCUGAGCGGUAACCAACUACAGACGUUACCUGUGGAAAUUGGACAGCUGACUAAUGUCAAACACUUGUAUCUGUCCAAUUGCAAGCUGCACACACUCCCACCUGAAGUGUGGAGACUGACACAGUUAGAAUGGCUGGACCUGAGCGGUAACCAACUACAGACGUUACCUGCGGAAAUUGGACAGCUGACUAAUGUCAAACACUUGAAUCUGUCCAAUUGCAAGCUGCACACACUCCCACCUGAAGUGUGGAGACUGACACAGUUAGAACGGCUGGACCUGAGCGGUAACCAACUACAGACGUUACCCGCGGAAGUGGGGAGACUGACACAGUUAGAAUGGCUGGACCUGAGCUGUAACCAACUACAGACGUUACCCGCGGAAAUCGGACAGCUCACUAAUGUCAAACGCUUGGAUCUGUUCGACUGCCAGCUGCGCACACUCCCACCUGAAGUGGGGAGACUGACUCAGUUAGAACGACUGUACCUGUACGGUAACCAACUAACAAAACCACCAGCUGAAGUUUGCGAUCAGGGGAUCGCUGCUAUCAGACAGUACUUUGACGAACUUGAACGCUCAAAGGAAGCCGUAUCCGCUCAUUUGAAAGUUGUCGUCUUGGGAGAGACAAUGGCAGGGAAAACAAGCCUGGUACGGACACUAAACAGUGGCAAGUCCACCCUGACAGAAGAAGAGGACCGCACUCACUGUGUAGAGAUAACUCAGUUGGCACCUGAUAACAACAUCACGUUUAAAGUGUACGACUUUGGCGGCAAUAAAGUGUACCAUCUCACUCAUCAGUUCUUUCUGACUCCGGAUGCCUUUUACCUGUUAUUAGUGAACAUAGGGGAAUACACCUGCAGUGAACAAAGUUACCAAAAGCAUGUGGGGUUCUGGUUGGACACACUGAAUGCCCGCGUGCCGGGGGCGGUGGUUUCUAUAGUGUGGAGCAAGAAGGACCUUUGUCGAAAGCACCAGGAAAGACGAGACAAGACCACGCACAUCCAGACAAAGAUCAGUCAGCAAAAAGAUAUGUGGGAAAAACAAACACGAAAAGACGCAGGCCAACGCGAUUUACGUGAGAAAGACCCUUCAAAGCAAACGCUGCGAAUUGUCGGUGAUGUGCUUGAACUUCGUGUGUCUGUUAAACCCAAGUCUAGAUUCCUCGUAUCAAAGUCACCUCGUUCUUUGAAAAAAAUUAAACGCUUUUUGAGGGAAAAAGCCAAUGAUGAUGAAUUGUUUCCGAGAUUGAUAAGGACCCUGCCAAGGACGUGGGUAGAGUUCGAACAACUGAUUAAACACCAAGCUUCCACUGAAACACCCGAACAGGCCGAUGAAACGGGCGCUAGUGUUGAAACGUCUCCUCCGGAAGAAAGCCAGAAACCCAAACAGCACUGGCUGACAAUGACUGACUGUAAAAGGAUAGGGCAACUUGCUGGGCUCUCCGCAGAAAGCCUGGAGCCAGUCCUGUCUUACCUGCAGCAGGUGGGAACCAUCCUCAGGUACACGGACAUACCGGAACUCAAGGACUUGGUCUUCCAUGAUCCUCCCGCCUUGAUUGAGCUUUUCAAAGACCUGUUUCAUCACGAUACAAGCGCACUCUUCUCAACACCCAGACUUUCUCACUUCACGUCUGCCCAGCUCAGUACAUUCCAGUCGGAUCUUUGCGACUGUGGACUGAUUCAGAAGGAGGUGAUGGCGUGUUUGUUACCACCCAAAGUCAAUCCAGACAUCAUCACAGCAUUGAUGCAACAUUUCGGCCUGUGUUUUGAGGUGCAAGCCAAGGACAAUACAGACCCAUCCAAACAUACCCGCCAGUACAAAAUCCCUUGGUAUUUACAUAAACAAAUGCCAGAAGAGCUGAUGAGCAUCUGGCCCAAAAACGUGCCAGAGGAACAAGAACAGCUGCAGCUGAUGUGCAACAUCCGAGGAUUCUGUCCCCGGGGACUGUUUCAGAGGUUCAGUGUUCGGAUCCAUCCACUUGUCAAGGACAGGGUAGACUGGAAAGAUGGAGUCAUGGCCUACAGACAGGACUACCCCGUACUCGUGUGUUCCAAACCUGUUGCAGACGACACGUACAUCACCAUAGCAACCAGAGGCAAGCUUGCCCAGGCAGAUGAGAUGUGGGGCGUGGUCCACCCACUGCUGGAGGUGCUGGUCCAGCUGCUGCAGGAGUGGCCAAGUGUGCGGUGCUCCCUCCACGUCACCUGUGCGCACUGCAUCAAGGAAGGACGGGACAGGCCGUACCAGCACGUACUGAGGGACCGGACUACAGAGGACGACCGUGACGUCAGGUGUCCCGGGGUCAAGAAGACAGCAUCAACUUCAGCAGACCUUGUGUACAGACCAGCUAGACUGUCCGCUGUCGGGCGUGGAUCAUCCCUGACCCGAAGGAGACCGUCUCAACAAGAGCAUGACUGCUACAAGAUGACCUCCGACCCGCGCGGCGUCGCGCUGAUCAUCAGCAACACCAUCUUUUUGGAACCGGAAAAUAACAGGCAGGGAGGAGAGAAGGACCUGGACAGACUCGGGGAGAUUUGUGACAAGCUCAAGCUGCAUCAGGAAAUCAAGGAGAACCUUACAGCACAGGAAAUUGAAGUGGUAACAAAGGACGUCUCCAAGAGAGAUCACAGCAGCUACGACUGCUUCGUGCUGUUCCUGCUGUCCCAUGGCACAGAGACAGGCGUGUUGGGCACAGACGGACAGCACGUGUCUGUGGACAGCAUCAUUUCUAGUUUCCAGGCCUGCAAGAGUCUCGUGGGGAAGCCGAAACUCUUCUUCAUUCAGGCCUGCCGAGGAGGUAAGCCAAGCCGCACCUCCCAAACUGGGACAGAAGCAUCCUAUGGAAGUACUGAGGCCACUGCGUCACAGCCUCCUCCAUCAGCCGCACCGGCCACACCUGCGGAGAGUCCUGAUGCCGGAGAAACCUCACCUUCUGAUAGCGACCGGCUAGUCAUGUACGCCACAGUACAUGGUCGCGUGUCUUGGAGAGACAUCAAUACAGGCACGUGGUUGAUCCAGGUCCUCGCUGACGUCAUCAAUGAACACGCCGACACGAAGGAGCUACACGACAUGCUCUGGAGGGUAAACGCCGGAGUGGCAGACUUAACAGCUCAAUACGAAACCCAAGAGUACAAGCAGCAACCGGAAGUGACGCACACCCUACGCAAGAGGCUCUACUUCUUUCCUCAAGCUGCAGUUGACCAGAAUCCUUAG